AUGGAAUACAAGACCCUGAGUACUGUCAAGAAUGAGAUACGCCUGAUCAAAAUACGCUCGACACCCAACCAUGACAGCCCGGUGGCGUUUCGUUUAGAACAUGCCUCUCUCAAUGACAAGCCAGACUACAUCGCCCUGUCAUACUGCUGGGGCGACCCGCUCAAACGACAAGAUAUGCAGAUAUUGCAAGGCCUCAAAAACCAGAACACGCCAAUAACGUACAGCGCCACGGCGAACCUUGCGAACGCAUUGCGGGAGCUUAGGCUGCGCGGGGAGCUCCGUGUUUGGGCCGACGCCGUUUGCAUUGACCAGAAGAACGACGAUGAGCGCGGCCAGCAGGUGCUGCGCAUGGAUGUUAUUUACCGGUGCGCAAAAAAGACAGUCAGCUACCUUGGAGGGCCUAGCUCGUGCAACAGCAACAGUUCGAUACCCGACCUUGGGGAAUUUUUUCACUUGACGACCUCGGUGAUGUGGAAUCCCUCCCGUGACCACUCGGCUGGGUGGAACGCCUUUUGUAGCCUCCUCAAUAACAACUACUGGUCUCGGGUCUGGAUCAUACAGGAAAUCGCCAUGGUUGAAACCGUUCAGGUAAAUGAAAGGCCAAACCACACCGAAAUCGAGGCUGCCAAAUCUGCCAUGAACCAAGCAAAGGAUAUCGACCGACGUCAUCAAUCACCGCUGCCGUGGUAA